AUGGCUGAAGACGGCAGCGCAACGGUGGAAUCGAUUGAGUUGAAUGUAAGGUUUGACUGUUUGUUUCACCAUGGAGGAGAAUUCAUGAAGCCUCACGACGGUGAGAUGAUUUACAGAGGCGGGGUUACGACGCUUAUUACCGAUGUACACAUUGAAAGCUGGACUCAGAGUCACAUUCAAAAGGUGGUAAGUGGGUGGGGAUAUGGAGCUGGGUCGUUUAGGUUAUGGACGAAAAUUCCUGAAAUAGAUCCUAAUUAUUUCCAGAUUAAGAGUGAUUCGGAUGCUUAUGAUUUAGCUGCGUUUGCUUGUUCAAUAAGAGUAGAUGGGAAAUUGUUUGUUGAACACGAUGCAACUAUACACAGUAGUAAACCUAGGUGUGUGAAUGAAAGUGUAGAGUUAGAGGUAAGUGAUGAAGAGAACGUAGAAGGGAUGAAUGACAGUGAGGAUGAGAGGGCCACAGCUCUUGAUGAUGGUUUUGGAGUGGUUGAUGUUACUUUACCAGUUAGUGAGGGCCCUCUUGUAGUUGGUUUGUUGACCUAUCCUAGUAAGAGUAAGGGUGAGAGUGAAAAUAAAGGUGAGGAUGAUGAAUAUAUAAGUGAGGAUUUACUAAGUUUCGAUCCUGAUGCCUCAGAGGAUGAAAAAAAGCCUAGGUUUGACAAGUUUAAGAAGGAGGAGCUUAAUAAGGAUUACAAAUUUAAAUGGGGUAUGGAGUUCAACACCUUAGAUGAUUUUAGAGAGGCCAUCCGUGAGUGGACAGUAUUAAAUGGGAGGGAAAUUACCUUUGUAAAAAAUGAGAGUUAUAGAGUGAGGGUUGAGCGCAAGGCCAAAUGUGGUUUUUUAAUGCUUUGCUCUAAGGUGGGCCAUAAGCACAGUUAUGCCAUAAAGACUAUAAAAAAUACCCACACAUGUGCUAGGGUUUUGGAUAACAAAAGUGCAAGUUCUAAGUGGGUGGCUAAGGCUGUGGUCAAAAAGAUGAGAACAUCUGACAAGGUAAGGAUAUGUGACAUAAUCCAAGACAUGAGGCAAAAUUAUUCUGUUGGGAUCACUGUGUGUAGGGCAUGGAAAGCAAAAUUGAUUGCCAAAAAAAUCAUUGAAGGAGAUGCAGACAAGGAGUAUGCAAAUCUGUGGAGGUAUGCAUCUGAGUUGCAUAGGGUCAAUCCUGGAAACACUAUGAAGAUAAACAUAGAGAGGCCUUUACUUACCAUCGAACCAAGGUUUGGAUCUUUUUAUUUUUGUUUUGAUGGAUGUAAAAAAGGUUUUACAAAUGGUUGUAGACCCUUCAUUGGGGUAGAUGGAUGUCAUUUGAAAACAAAGUAUAGAGGUCAACUAUUGAUUGUUGUUGGAAGAGAUCCAAAUGAUCAAUACUUCCCUUUGGCCUUUGGAGUGGUAACAGAAACCAAAGAAUCAUGGAGGUGGUUUAUACAACUGUUAAUGGAAGACAUUGGGCAGGACAAAAGAAUUGUGUUCAUCUCAGAUCAGCAAAAGGGACUGGUUGCAGUUUUUGAAGAGUUGUUUGAAAGAAUUGAACAUAGAUUAUGCUUGAGGCACUUGUAUGCGAAUUUUAAGAAGAAGUUUGGUGGAGGAGCAUUGAUAAGAGACUUGAUGAUGGGAGCAGCCAAGGCAACCUACCAACAAGCAUGGACAUUGAAGAUGAAUGAGUUGAAGGCUGUAGAUCCAAAGGCUUGGGCAUGGCUCAUGGCAGUUCCUACAAAGUCUUGGUGUAAGCAUGCAUUUUCAUUCUAUCCUAAGUGUGAUGUGCUUAUGAAUAACAUAGCUGAAUUAUUCAAUGCCACUAUUUUGAAUGCUAGAGAUAAACCUAUAUUGACCAUGUGCGAAUGGAUUAUAAAAUAUCUGAUGAGUAGGUGUAGUAAUUCUACUUUGAAACUAGACAAGUGGCCACAUAAAGUGAUGCCUAUUCCCAGGAAAAGAUUGGACAAUGAGGUAGCUAUGAGUGGACACUGGUUGCCAACAUGGGCUAUGGAAGAGAAAUUUCAGGUCACUCAUGCUUAUAAUAGGCAAGAGUUCAUAGUUGACACUGCUAAAAAGAAUUGCACAUGUAAUUUUUGGGAUCUGGUAGGUAUUCCAUGUAGACAUGUUGUUGCUGCAUUAGGGUUUAGACAACAGAACCCAGAGGAUUUUGUUCAUGAGUAUUUCACUAGAGACAGGUAUGCCAUGUACUAUGGAUUUGCUAUUAGUCCAAUUAAUGGCACUGACAUGUGGCCUGAGGUAGAAAGUGAAGAACUUUUACCUCCUAAUUACAAAAAGGGACCUAGAAGGCCUAGGAAGCUAAGGAUAAGGGAAAGUGGAGAAGAAGGUGCUAGAAGAAGGUUACCUGAUGUAUCUCAUAGAUGCACCAGGUGUGACAAGGUGGGCCACAAUGUUAAGACAUGCAAAAGCAAGAGGCAAAAUCAGAGUGCAAUGAAAAGAAAGAAGAAAAUGAGACCAAAUAUUAGUGAAGAAUGUACUAGCAAUGCUGGAAGCCAGUCUGCUCCAAACAAUGAAGAAGGUCAACACAAUCCUGGAAACCAGUCUGCUACAAACAAUGAAGAAAAUGAAGAUACCAAGACUGAUUCAUUGUUUGGAGAUGUAACUGAUGACAUGAUAAGCAGCAUACCAGACUUCCAUUCUCAGGCAUCAACAAGCAACAAUUAUAAGGUAAAGGGAAAGAUGAUUGACAAGCCAAUUGUGAGGAGAAGGGUAAGUGAGAGGAUAAAGGAGAACUGGUUCAAGAAACCAAAACCAUUCACCGGUCCAGGUUCAAACCCUGAGCAGCCUAUUUGUAUGGACAUUGCUGAUGAGGAAUCUUCAAAGGUUACUCCAUAA